GUUGACGCCGUCUUGCGUCAGCAUGUUGAUUGGCGACCACGUCAGCUUUUCUCGCAAUAAUGACAAAAAUUGAAGCGAGGUGCUGGCAAGGUUCUUGUUUCGCCAAAAGGUUCGGGGUAUUUCCUCAUUUUUAUGAAGGUGCCGUCGGAGCCAUUGAGAACAUGAGAACCCAAACUGCAGGUGCAGGAAGAAACACUUCCCAAUGCUGGAAGGCUGGAAGCUGGAAGGCACAACCAACCUCAAGCAAGUUUGUUGUACCGCACUUUCGUGCUUUGUUCAAUUGGUCCCUACUACGGUAGUGUUGCAGUACUACCGUAUAUAGCUAUUGUCCACAAUCCACCCCUUUCUAGCUACCAUACCGGUAGCUACCAUAACGUGUCGCUGUCCUUUUUGAAAUACCAGUAUGGCCACAGCCGAUGAUGAUGGCCGUGGUGUCAAAACAGAGCAAGAGACCCGUGUACAAGAGCUGGAAUUGGAAAUUGCCCGGCUGAGUGAAGAAAAUGCUGCCUUGAAAAGAUCUUCCAGCCAAACACAAAAUGGGGAUAACCACAAGAAGAAACGUCCACGAGGAGAGGAACUACCGGUAGCAAAAGGUACCAGCAAUGGAAGCAAUGGCGGAUCCAGUUGUUAUCAAAAGUGGACUCCAGCCGAUACAAAUUCUACCACCACCACUACUACUAAUGGCAACCAAACACACAAGUCAUCCUUGACUCCCAAUCAAAUUGAACGAUAUUCUCGUCAGCUAUUGCUACAAGAAGGAUUUGGAGUGGAAGGACAACGCAAAUUAUUAGCCUCUUCUGUGCUGGUGGUCGGUGCGGGAGGGAUUGGAUCUACCGUGCUGCUCUACCUAGCUGCCUCUGGAAUUGGACGCAUCAGUGUCUUGGAUUUUGAUGCUGUAGAACGAUCCAAUCUCCAUCGACAAAUCAUUCACAAGGAACAAAAUGUCGGCAUGAACAAGGCAGUCUCGGCAUGUCAGGCCAUUCAGAAUCUCAAUCCAUCCAUUACCUGUCGACCCCUUACCAUCAUGUUGACACACGACAAUGCACUCGAAAUCAUACAAGAUCAUGACGCCAUUGUGGAUGCCAGUGACAAUCCCAAAACACGAUACCUCGUGAAUGAUGCCUGCGUGUUGGCCGGAAAACCAUUGAUUUCGGGAAGUGCCAUUGGCACGGAAGGACAGCUCUCUGUCUACAACUGGAAAAAUGGACCUUGUUAUCGAUGUUUGUAUCCCAAACCAAGCAUCACGGCAGGUGCAAAAUCCUGUAGUGACAAUGGAGUUUUGGGACCCGUCCCGGGCUUGAUUGGGGUAUUGCAAUCCUUGGAGGUUUUGAAAGUUCUAACCGAUACGGGAAACUCCAUGAAUGAACGAAUGCUCAUGUACGAUUCCUUGCAGUGUUCUUUCAUGACUCUCAAAAAACCCAAAAAGCAAUCCACAGCAUGCCCUGUUUGUAGCGGAGAAAACGCCACUAUCAAAUCCAUGGCAGACAGUGCCCAAGAUUUGCAAGCCGCACGAGGACCUGCCAGCUGUGACAUGUACACUCCUGCUCCACUCGAACCAGAAUACCAGAUUUCGUGUACGGAUUACCAUGAUCUGCAACAGCAACGGCAACAGCAACAGCAGCAUGUCUUGUUGGAUGUACGAGUCAAGGAACAGUAUGAUCUCUGUGCUCUGAAUGACCGUGCCAUUAAUAUUCCACUCGCCAGCUUGGAGGAAAACAUGGAACGUGUAGCGAAGCUUUCAGAGGGAUGGACCAAACCAGUCUAUUGUUAUUGUCGUCGAGGUGUCUUGUCCGUGGAAGCCACAAAGCUCUUGAAUGACUAUGUGACGAAACAGAAUGAUCCGAGUAACAAGCCAACCAUCAAAAACAUCAAGGGUGGAUUAGAAGCUUGGAGGAAGCAAGUGGACAAAUCAUUUCCCAACUAUUAGAAACGAACACAUGUGACUGUCAUUCCGUGUAGGACUCGACUCAGCCAGCACAGUAAUCGUAGUUGAUUAUUAGAGACAGCGAGAACUACUUGGCA